CUUCAUGUGGGACAAUACAGAAGAUGAUGAUCUGCAAGCAGACAAGACAAAAAUACUGGCUCUUAGUAAAAGUCAUGAACUGUUUGUCUAUGAAUUCACUAUAGAAGACGGAAAAUACAACCCAAUUUCCCUGCACAGUUGUAAGGAAGAUACACUUAAAAAGCUCCUUGAAGUUAAAAACAUUAGUCUGUCUUCAGUUUUCUCUUUGAGGAUACUGUCUUUUGAAAACAACAAAUGCGUACUUCUGCUCAAUAAGUUUAUUGUUGUGCAUCUUACCUUUCCUGGAAAAGACUCACCCUUAGAGACAUGUGACUGCUAUACCCUUAAUUUGCCUCCGCAAGUUUGGGAACGGAUAACAGAUACGCACUUCUGCAGGGGGAUGCUGUUUCUGUUAGAUAGUUCUGGCUGGAUUUAUGUAUUUGACUCUUUUGAUGGUGCAAAUCUAGCAAACGUCAGCGUAGCGCUCUGCCAGGGAGACGUGCCGGAUGAGGACAGGAGUCCAGCCAUCACAUCGCCGCUCACUGCGGUGAAAGUGUCGCGUGAUCUCAGUGUUGCUGUGGUCAUCAGUUCUUCCAACUAUGCCAUCUCUGUGGAUCUAAACAUGUACUUCAGACAGUUCCCUGGGCAUUUGGUCUGUAAGAGAGAUCCUGAAAAUCUUCCCAUGAAGCCUCCUGAAGGACUUGAUGAGGAUGACCUUGCUAGUUCUGACUAUAGCAUGGAGCUUUUGUCAUCGUCGUUCCGCACAGACAGGUCCUGGAAGGCACACUUAUCCUCACUAUGUGAUACUGUAAGGAGAAGACGACCAGGUUCUCCAGAUUUGGUCAAUGACUUGAAUUUACCUUGGUAUCAGUUUUUUACCCAUCUUGAAGAUCACGAUCCUGAAAUCUAUGAAAAUUCUGAGAAGAUGGUGGCUUUUGUUCCACGGGCUGUUGCGGGGGCCCCUUCCAAACCAUUACAAAGCAAUGGUACAAACCUCAGCGAUGCAAGACAGCAAUGGAAACAAAUCCCCGUAGAAGCACCACAAGAAGUGGUGAAACUGGAGUGUAAAUUGGUAACUGGGGUUAAAGCCCUGUUUGUAGUAUUAACAAAUGACAAAGGAUUGACUCUUGCUCUCUGGGAUUUUGAGUCGCAAGAUGUGACGUAUUACCACUUUGGCAAAAAUAGUGUUUAUGUGGAUUGCAGUGAAGAGGUGCCUUUAUGUCUACUUCUGACAGAGCAUGGUCUCUCCUUAGUUCUGUUUGGUUUAACUCAGGAAGAGUUUUUGAAUAGAUUGAUGAUCUAUGGCAGCGCUGGAGUCGUAGAUUCUGUUUGUCAUCUCAAUGGAUGGGAACGAUGUUCAAUUCCGAUACAUGCACUAGAGGCAGGUUUGGAAAAUCGUCAACUAGACACAGUAGACUUAUUUUUAAAAAGCAAAGAAAGUCUUUUCAAUCUGUCUGCACCCUGCUCUGGACCUGAACAGUCUACUGAUAGUGCAUCCCAGUCUUACCUGAAAAAUUUGGAAGAGCUGAGGCCAGCUUUAAACUUGCUUUGCUCAGCGAUCAAAGAAAAUGAUAUGGAGCCUCACAGUAAACAUUUUUCUGAGCAGCUACUAAACCUGACGUUGGCUUUCCUUAGCAAGCAACUUGAAGAGAUUUUUGUGCACACAGAGGAACCUGAUAAACUGCUGCAGAAGGCUGCAGAUAUUUUAACCGAUUACAUUAUUAAACUUAGAAAAUUUCUGAGAAAAUAUCCUCGACCACAAAUAAAUGCAGUACAGACAGAAAGUGAUCUUGAUGAUGACCUGCCUGCAUUAGAAGAAAGCCACAUGUGGGAAAAACUGACACCAGAGGAAGUCAUUGCUGAGGCCAUCUUAAGCAACAAAAUGCCAGAGGCCCAGGCCUUCUUCCGAAUGCAUCAGCAUCCUGCUCAAAGUCUUCAAGUAUUUAUUCAGACAGGUUUGAAUCUGGUCUAUGACAGUCUUCUGAAGGACAAUACCAGAGAGGCCUCAGAACUUUUGAGAAAUAUGGGCUUUGAUGUGAAGGAGGAAUUGCAUAAGAUAUGUUUCUACACAGUUGAUAAACAUGUACGAGAUUUGUUGGUGAAAGUUUUACAAGAAGAAAAUUAUUUUUCUGAAAAAGAGAAGAAAAUGAUAGACUUUGUGCAUCAGGUUGAAAGCUUCUACUCGGAAUCCCUCCAAGAAAAUAAAGAGAUGCAAUCUCUUUCCAGGUACUGGAGAAAGGAACAAGACUUUUCCAGACAUACAGCUGUUCUGGACUCGUUGUUGAAUUGUGAUAGACGUCAGGUUCACAACAGGAGAGUGAGAGUGAUGUUGAACUGGGCUCAGUGGUGGGAUGAGCUUACUCAGGAAAUGAUUAUUCUCCCCAGAAAACCACGCCAAGAACUCAAGACAUGUAAUCCUGAGGUUCUUUGGAUGCACUUGACAGCCCAGCAUGAUUGGCUUAAUAUUUGUUCAUGGAUUGAAGAAUCUGAGCCCAACCAGACUUUGUGUGGACAAGCUAACUGGCCCCCUCUUACUCCAGACAUUAUUGACCGGAACAUGUUAUGUAGUAGCUAUAUGAGAAAUGAUAUAUUAAACAAGCUGGCUAGAAAUGGAAUUUUUGUCUGUUCUGAGUUGGAAGAUUUUGAACUUCUGCUCCAAAGACUGUCUUACCUUGGGGGAGUACUGCAAAAGCCUCACCCUGUUCCAAAAUACAGUGCUGCAAGCGGUUUGGACUUCCAUGCUCGUUUCGUCCUUUACUGUUUAGAACAUAAUUUGCAGUAUCUGUUAUACACUUACUUAGACUAUUACAGUUUAACUCCUUCAAAUUGUCCUAUUUUGGAUAACAAGGAAUUGCAUGAAGUGCAUCCCUGGUUUGAAUUCCUCGUGCAGUGUCGAGGGGUUGCCAGUAACCCACGAGAUCCAAAGAUGAUUUUUCAGGCUAGUCUAGCAAAUGCUCAGAUCUUGAUUCCUAGUAAUCAAGCCAGCGUGAGUAGCAUGCUACUGGAAGGACGUACACUAUUAGCACUUGCAACUACAAUGUAUGCACCUGGAGGUAUUGAUCAGGUUCUUCAGAAUGAAGAUAUAGAAAAACCUCCAAAGAAAGUUGAUCCACAGCUCUUAAAAAUGGCAUUGACUCCUUACCCCAAACUCAAAGCUGCUCUCUUUCCCCCGUGUACUUCUCACGGAAUUUUGCCACCUGACAUCUCUCUCUACCAUCUUGUUCAGUCGUUGGUGCCCUUUGACCCCACUAAAUUAUUUGGCUGGCAGUCAACAAACACUCUUGCUGUAUCAGAUGCAUCAAGUGACUUUCCUCAUUUUUCAUCCCCUGAACUGGUGAACAAAUACGCUAUAAUGGAACGACUGGAUUUUUUGUACUAUUUGCACCAUGGACGUCCAUCAUUUGCUUUUGGUACAUUUUUGGUCCAGCAGUUAGUAAAGAGCAAAUCCCCCAAACAGUUGUAA